ACUGUGGGCUGCAUUUUGAAAACCUGGUGACAAAGCUUUCAGACUACACAAUUACCUAAGUAUUUAAAGAAGAAUAAUCUAUGACUCAGGACUAAUCGAGAAGUUUCUAAUAAGAUCUUUGUCAUUGACACUGUCCUUUUCAGUGAUGCUACAGGACGGAGAGGAAUGGAUAAAAACAUGGGAGAGCAGCUCAAUAAAGCUUAUGAAGCUUUCCGCCAGGCUUGCAUGGACAGAGAUUCUGCUGUAAAAGAACUACAACAAAAGACUGAAAACUAUGAACAGAGAAUACGUGAACAACAGGAACAGCUGUCACUUCAACAAAGUAUUAUUGACAAGCUAAAAUCACAGUUACUUCUUGUGAAUUCCAGCAGAGAUAAUGUCCAUGGCUAUGUUCCUAUGCUGGAAGAGAGUGAAAAAAGGAAAAAUGACAUACCUCUUAAUGUAACUUUUGAUCAGCCCCAUGACAAAGUGAAAUCAGGAAUCCCAAGAGAAAAACAUUCAAAGGUAAAAAGACCAGAGACUUCACCUAGACAGGAAAAUUCUCCAGGGAAUCCUGACUUUCCUUUAUUCAGUAAAAGGGAAGAAAUAGAGAAGACUUUGCAUGAAAUGAAAGAAGAAUUCCAUAGGAUAUGCAUGUUAGCAAGAGCACAGAGAGACCACUUAAACAGACUUAACAUUCAAGAACCUACAUCUGAAAUACAGUUCUCUUUGCCUAUACAAUGUACUGAUAAAACUGAUGAACAACCAGAAGAACCUUUUAAGCCUCAAGUUAAGGAUAUUAUAAAUAGAGGGACAUCAUGCAUCACAUCUGUCACACCGAGAGGACUGGGUCAAGAGGAGGAAGACAACUCUUUAGAAUCACUUUCCAAAUUUAAUGUCAAGUUUCCACCUACAGAUAAUGACUCUACUUUCUUGCAUAGCACUCCAGAUAAACCCCAGGUAAUGGGUCUGGCCAGAACUGAGCCUGUGAGUCAGGAUAAAUUUGAUAGGGAACUUAGGGACAAUUCGAUGAACUUUGUGAAACCAGAAGGUACUCUAUUUGAAAUUAAUAGACUUGACCUCAUAACUUCAGCUAUGCAAAACAUUACAACUUCUGACAAGACAAAACCCUCAAAUCCUAUCAAUAUAUGUAUGAAGACAACUCUGGAUAAAGCAACAUGUUUACCAGCUGGAGACCAUGAUAUCAUAUAUGUAAAUACAUCCCUCCAAGUUCAGGACACCCCAGAGGUACUGUUUGCAUCGCCAGAUUCCCCGGGAAGAGCUGUCCGAGGACCACAGCAGCCCCUCUGGAAGCCUUACCCUAAUGAAGAGAAUGACUUAUUGGCACUAAGUAGUACAGACUCAGAACUGCACAAACCUCAAGUAUGUGAAUUCUGUCAAGCAGUUUUCCCACCAUCAAUUACAUCCAGAGGGGAUUUCCUUCGGCAUCUUAAUUCACACUUUAAUGGAGAGUCUUAAGACAUUUUUAAGACAGACAUGGAUAUGGGAUUUUAUGCAAUGAUUUUUGGUUUGUAAUCCUAUAAAUACUUGAUUGUAAAUUUAAAUAUUCAUGUAAAGUUUUUUAGAAUGGAUGUUUAUAAUACAGUUCAUUGCUCUAGGUGUUUAGAUUGUUUUCGUAAAUAUAUUUUUAACUUUGAUAUCAUUUAGAAGGACAUCUCAUUAAAAAAUCCUAUAAUUUAGUGUACUCAUAUCUAAAAUGCCAUUACUGGAAAUCAGUAUUACCUGUGUAAUUUAGAGAGUAGUAUCAUCAUAAUUAAAUGUAGCCUCAAAUAUCUAAGCAUAUUGCUUGGAUUCCUAGUUAGAUAUUUUCAAUUUGAAAAUGUUAAAUAUUUAUAAGAGAUUCUUUUUGUUAAAAUAAAUAAAAAUAUUUAUGCUGUAUGGAAUGUCCUUUUCAGAUAGACCUACAGUAAACAAAUAGGCAUUAUAAAAUUCCAGAAUAAAAAGCCAAGCUUAAGACAUUUGUUGGCUGGUGGUGAAAAAUUUCA